CAUGGCCAUUUUUUCAAUUUGGUUGAUGGCUAUGCUUCCCUUUCUUCUUGGCUAUGGUGUUGCUCCCAUUGAAGCUUUCUAUCAAACUCAUUCUUCCAACUUCAACCAAACAUAUAGACCAUCUUUUCACUUCCAACCUUCCAAGAAUUGGAUGAAUGAUCCUAAUGGGCCAAUGAGAUACAAGGGACUCUACCAUAUGUUCUACCAACACAAUCCAAAAGGUGCAAUAUGGAGUAACAACAGUACAGUUUGGGGCCACUCUGUUUCAAUGGAUCUUGUGAACUGGUUCUCAUUGCAACAUGCUCUUACCCCAACUGAACCUUAUGAUAUAAAUGGUUGUUGGUCAGGUUCAGCCACUAUAGUAAACUCUAGAGGCAAACCAGUCAUUUUAUACACAGGAAUUGACUACAAGCAACAUCAAACUCAAAACUUGGUUGUACCAAAAAAUGAGUCUGACCCAUUUCUUAGGGAAUGGGUAAAAUCACCCAAGAACCCUAUAAUGGCACCUUCUAAUGCAAACAAAAUCAAUGCAACCUCAUUUAGAGAUCCCACCACUGCAUGGCUUGGUCAUGACAAUUGGUGGAGAGUAGUAGUGGGAAGCCAAGAAGGUGAUAAGGGUGUGGCACUUUUAUUCCUAAGCAAAGAUUUUGUUCAUUGGAUUCAAGCCAAAUACCCUUUGCAUUCAGCCAAAAGAAUUGGAAUGUGGGAGUGCCCUGAUUUUUUUCCUGUGUUGACCAACGGCACAAUUGGCCUUGACACAUCAAUUAAUGGACCUCGCAUUAGGCAUGUGCUUAAGGUUAGCUUAUUUGAUGUUUCACAUGAUUAUUAUCUAAUUGGAACUUAUGACACAACCAAAGAUAUCUUUAUUCCUGAUGAGGGAUUUGAGCACAAUGACUUGUCCUUAGUCCCAAGAUAUGAUUAUGGAAAGUUUUAUGCAUCCAAAACAUUUUAUGAUGAUGCUAAAAAGAGAAGGGUGUUAUGGGGUUGGAUUAAUGAAUCUUCAAUUCAAGAAGAUGACAUUCACAAAGGAUGGUCUGGAAUUCAGGCAAUUCCUAGAACUCUUUGGCUUCAUAACUCUGGGAAGCAAUUGAUCCAAUGGCCUAUAGAGGAAAUUGAAAAACUACGUACCAACCCUGUCAACUUGUAUUCCAAAAAUCUAAAGGGUGGCACAUUGCUUGAAGUUUCUGGGGUGGUGGCAUCACAGGCUGAUGUUGAAAUUUCAUUUGAAGUGAAUGAUCUUGAAAAGGCACAAGAAUUGGACCCUAGUUGGAAAAUGGACCCUCAACUUCUUUGUAGUGGAAAUGGUACAAAAGUAAAAGGGGGAUUGGGACCUUUUGGUUUACUAGUUUUGGCUUCAAAGGGCAUGCAAGAAUACACUUCAGUGUUCUUUAAGGUAUUUAGAGCAAACAACAAAUACAUGGUGCUCAUGUGCAGUGACCAAAGCAGGUCUUCUUUGAAUCUCAACAAUGACUUUACCACUUAUGGAACUUUUGUGGAUGUGGACCCUGUUCAUGAGCAGUUGUCUCUAAGAAGCUUGAUAGAUCACUCUGUAGUGGAAAGUUUUGGAGGAGAAGGAAAAGGAUGCAUCACAGCAAGAGUUUAUCCCACGUUAGCAGUCAAUGAUGAAGCACACUUGCAUGCGUUCAACAAUGGAACUGUCGAUGUCAAGAUCACAAGAUUAAGUGCUUGGAAUAUGAAAAAAGCAAAGAUGAACUGA